AUGAACAACUUCAUUGUCGGACAGGUAACGCCGGACAUGCUCCAGAAGAUCACGUACGGCACCUAUAUUCUAUUUGGCUGCCUGACUACACUAGGCGCUGCCUUUAUUUGGUUCAUCGUUCCCGAGACGAAGCGACUCACUCUUGAGGAGAUGGACAUCAUCUUUGGAUCCGAAGGCACGGCUCAAGCUGACUUCGAACGCAUGGAGGAGAUCAACUCGGAGAUUGGUCUCACCGCCAUCCUCACGAAUCAGUUGGCCAGCGCAGGAAACGGCAGCGGAUCCGAGGCCGAGAAGAGGAGCAAGGGCGAACAUGCCGAGCACGCAGUCUAA